CUGCAAAUCAAUAGGCGAGUUAGUCCUCACUGUAAUUGACACUUUAGGGUAGCCUAUUAGAGCUCACCGGCCCGGAAGCGCAAGUCAGUGAAGGUUGUUUUGAAGAUGGGAGUCAAACUUGAAGUGUUCCGGAUGCUGCUGUAUCUGUCAUUCCCAGUGACUGUGUUCUGGAUCUCCAAUCAAGCCGAGUACUUUGAGGAAUAUGUGGUGAAGCGAAAGAGGGAGAUUUACCCACCGGAUGAGAAGAUGCAGAGGAAGGAGCUGGAGGAUUUCAAGCAGAGAAUGCGUGAGCGGAAGGAACAGAGGCUUCUGAAGCAGAUGGGCCUGGCUGAAGCACAGAAAGAAUGAGGCACCCAGCUCACCAGGGCUGUGAUACACCGGGCUGCAGCACUGCAACACCACGAGAAUCCGGGUUCAACAGGACAAGAAGAAAAGCGACGCCGCUACUGAUCAGUCUCCCGCGCUCUGACCUAUCGGACGAUACUUUCAAAGCGUUUCCUCCAUUCUUUCAUUUACUCCUACUUUCUGAAAGGAGUGGAAAUCAAAUGUGUUACAAAAUAAUAAACAGAGCACCUUGAGAAUGCUCAAGAGAUACCUAACCUAGUUGUUUUGGUUCUAGUUUUGUAAAAUUAAGUUUUUUAUCACUUAAAAGAAAAAUUAGGAGUUAAUUAAAGACUGGAGUACACGCUUUGAAAAUAUGACCCAUCGUUACCAGAGGUCGAUCAUCCACAGCAUCAGAAAUGUUGUCUGUAAUACCACAAUAAACCGAAACAGUCUUGAAAUUACAUAAUGACUUAUUUGUUUUUCAAGUUUCCGUGGCUUACCUAAUGAUUUAAUUUUUCUUCACACCGCUCCUGUCUGUAUAGCGACUUUUAAAAAUGACCUAAUCAAUAACAAAACUAACUGUAUAAUUAUUUAUACCGACAGCACUGCAUAAAAUGCAAAAACAAACAAACAAAGAAAAAAGAACAUAUUAAUCACAUUCAACACAGCUGCUGUUUUGUUUUGCUUUGCUUUAUUAUUUGAUUUUUUUUUUUUUUUAAAGGUUUUUAUUUUUGGGUUAGUUUGUUUUAGUUGUGAAAAUUCCCCCAAUGGCUUAUGUAGUUAUAUACACAUUUACAGUAUGAAUACCUGACCUGUGUAACACGCUAGUCAGGUCAGUACAACUUAAUAGAAAGGCAGCACUUGAUCAAUGAAUCAAUCGAUCAAUCAGUCCAUGUAAACAAUAACGGAAAGUGUCCUGAUCAAUACAGACUGUACCUGCAUUCAGUGUUGGGCUGUUGUGUUGAUUGAUGCCUUUUCAGGUGUCUCAGUCCUCCCUCCUCUUAAUAAUGUUUGUGUAUACAGAAGCUUUGAUAAGUGCAGUCGGACAGCUUUCACAAUCUCUGCCUCAGCGCAUUUUACAGCUAACUGCUCUCAGCCUUAUACAGCACACAACUGAUAAAUGAGAAGGUGGUUAACGUGGCCUUGGGAUGUGCCUGCUUUAUAUCCCGAUGUUCCCUCUGUAUGAAUUGUAAUGUGCUGUGUUGGAGAAGGAGUCCGAGGGACAUGGUUGUGGAUCUGGUGUUGAAUGCAAGUAACAUCGUGCUUUUUGUGAGUAUGUAUUGUUUUUAAAUUAAAUAUGAGAGUGGAA